UCCAAGAUUUGUUUGUAAAAAAGAAAAGUCUGUUUUCUAGUACACAAUUAUAUAUGGCUGCUGAAGAAGUAUUACUCCUCAAGCUCUUUGAUACUUUUUGGUUUGAACAAGGAAUAUUAUCUACCAACACACAUAGAUUCUCAUGUGAUCAUGUACCACACAACAAAGUACUUCAAGAAAAUCCUCAUGAAAUUCAACAAUCAGCAAAUCUCUUUGGUCGAUCAGAAAGUGAUUAUUGUAUAAGCUUGGAUAAUACUAAUAGUAUUACAAGUUUUAGUCCACUUGGGAAUUCUCCAACAUCCGUGAUUAUCACAAGUAACAAAGUUGCAGAAGCAGUACAAAUGAAGGAUAAUAAGCAGAAGAGAAGGAUAAAGGAUAAAAGAGGAGUUAAGGGAAUUAUUCGAAUUCGAAGAAGCUCAUCGGAUCUUGAACUUGAAGAAUUAAAAGGUUUUAUGGAUUUGGGAUUUGAGUUUAAUGAAGAAGAUAAGAAUUCAAGAUUGGUUACAAUUGUUCCUGGAUUACAAAAAUGGGGAAACAAGGCAGUUGAUGAAGAAGUAGAAAAUAGUACUAGUAAAAAGAAGGAUAUUGUUCAAAGGCCUUAUCUUUCUGAAGCAUGGGAGAUUCUUGAAAAAAGAAAAAUGAUUAGAAAAUUGGUGAAGUGGAGAUUUCCAGCUAUGCAUAAUGAGAUUAACAUGAAAGACAAUCUUAGAUUUUGGGCUCAAACUGUUGCAUCAACUUUCAGAUAAAACACAAUGUUGUUUGUAUUGCUUUUUCUUAUCUGUUUGUUUCAUUUUCUGUUA